AUGGGCCGCACAUCGGGAUCCUGCGCGACGCUCAUGAUCUGGUCGUCGUGCGCGCCGAGCGCCGCUGCCGCCCCCGACCGCGCUUCCGCCGCCGCGCCCGCCCCCGGCGACGACGGCUUUGCCGCCUUCGCCGCCGCCGCCGCGACGGGCGCCAAUGUCGUGCCCCUCUACCAGCGCAUCUUCUCCGACCAGCUGUCGCCUGUGACGGCGUACCGCUGCCUGGUCAAAGAGAACGACAUCGACGCGCCCAGCUUCCUAUUGGAGUCAGUGGUCAACGGCGACCAGCAGGGGCGCUACUCGUUCGUGGGCGCCAUGCCCUCGCUCGAGAUUGUCGCGACGCGCAACAAGGUGACGGUGCUGAACCAUGUGGCCGGGACGCGGCGGGAGACGCAGGAGGAGGACCCCAUGCAGGUGGCCGUCCAGCUCAGCCGCAACUGGCGCCCGGCCAAUGUUGAGGGCCUGCCUGAGGUGUUCACUGGCGGCUGGGUGGGGUAUGCGGGCUACGACACCGUGAGAUACGUGUACGCGGGGAAGAUCCCUUUCGACGGGGCGCCCGAGGACGACAGGGGGCUGCCUGAUCUGCACCUGGCGCUGUACAACGACGUGGUGGUCAUCGACCAGGCCACCAAGGCGCGU